CAUGCAUUUCUGGAACAGUGGGGCUUGAUUAACUAUCAGGUGGAUUCAGAGAGUCGGCCCACUCCAAUGGGGCCUCCACCCACCUCACACUUUCAUGUGCUGGCAGAUACUCCAUCAAGUCUGGUACCACUACAGCCUAAGGCAUCCCAGACUUCAUCCUCUCAGCAGAUGCUCUCAUUCCCAGACAAAGUCAAGGACAAACCAGCCGACUUGCAGAACUUUGGGUUGAGGACAGAUGUGUACAGUAAGAAGAGCGGCCCAGCUAAAACUAAAAAUGCUGCCAGUGCCACUCGGGAAUGGACAGACCAGGAGACACUGCUACUGCUGGAGGGUCUAGAGAUGUGUAAAGAUGACUGGAAUAAAGUAUCGGAACACGUGGGCAGCCGCACACAGGAUGAGUGCAUCCUCCACUUCCUGCGUCUACCGAUCGAAGACCCCUACCUGGAGGAUAGCUCCUCCUCCCUAGGCCCGCUGGCCUAUCAGCCAGUUCCUUUCAGUCAGGCGGGGAAUCCUGUCAUGAGCACUGUGGCGUUUCUAGCCUCUGUGGUCGACCCUCGAGUGGCUUCUGCUGCAGCUAAAUCAGCACUUGAGGAGUUCUCUCGAAUGAAGGAGGAGGUACCAGCUGCAUUGGUGGAGGCUCAUGUGCGUCGAGUGGAGGAGGCGGCCAGAGCAAGCGGGAGGCCAGACCCUCUCUACGGCCUGGAGGGCAGCGGCAUCGCAGGAACCGGCCUCGAGGAUUCUGACAAACCCUCUGAGGAUGGAAGUGAGGAGAAUAAGAGCAGUGAUGGUCAAUCUAGCCAAGAUAAAAGAGAAAAUAAGAUUUGA